AGUAACUGCACAGAGAAAUCAGAUUUGUUCAUGUGAGAACCGACUUCAGCCUACUGGAUCCUUUCCCCUGGGAGCUCGAAGGGAGGACGGGAAGGGUCAGCUAGGCGAAGGGGAGCGAAUGGUCGCUUCCGGCUUCCGGUUUCCGCCUCCAGCCGGCUUCCGGAAAUUGCUCUCAAAAUGCUGAAGUGCUGUGUGGAAGUGGCCGGGGCUGCGGGAGUUGGAGUCGGUCCUCGGGCCUGAGCCUCGAGGCCGCGCUCCCGGGUGUCGUUGAUGUUUGGGGCCGACGGGCGCCCAGCGAUCGGAGCCGCCGCCGCCGCCCGGAAGAGCUGGCAUUUCAGUCGAACAAUGGAAGAGCUUGUUCACGAUCUUGUCUCUGCACUGGAAGAGAGCUCUGAGCAAGCCCGAGGUGGUUUUGCUGAAACAGGAGAUCAUUCUCGAAAUCUGUCUUGCCCCCUGAAGCGCCAGGCCAGGAAGAGGAGAGGGAGGAAGCGGAGAUCCUACAAUGUUCACCACCCCUGGGAGACUGGCCACUGCUUAAGCGAAGGCUCGGAUUCUAGUUUAGAGGAACCAAGUAAGGACUACAGAGAGAAGCACAGCAACAACAAAAAGGACCGCAGUGACUCCGAUGACCAGAUGUUAGUGGCGAAGCGGAGGCCGUCCUCCACCUUAAACAACAGUGUCCGAGGUAAGCGACUUCUGUGGCAUGAGUCUGACUUCGCAGUGGACAACCUUGGAAACAGAACUCUCCGCCGGAGGAGGAAGGUGAAGCGCAUGGCGGUGGAUCUCCCGCAGGACAUCUCCACCAAAAGGACGAUGACCCAGCCGCCUGAUGGCUGUAGAGACCAGGACAUGGACAGCGAUCGAGCCAGCCAGUAUCCCGAGUUUAUCCGCAGUAAAGUCAAAAAGCGGAGGCUGAAGGUGAUCCGACCGAAAGCCCCGGAGGAAGGAGCGGUGUUGGAAAGUGAAGAAGCAAGCCAGGCGGACAAGGACAAGAUGGAGUAUGCGGAACCGAAAGCCUCAGAUGAGCUCAGGAGUGAAAGUGACUCCAGCAGCCUCAGCAGCACUGACGCCGGCCUGUUCACCAACGAUGAGGGAAGACAAGGUGACGACGAGCAGAGCGACUGGUUCUAUGAGAAGGAGUCUGGAGGAGCCUGCGGGAUUGCUGGAGUCGUGCCCUGGUGGGAAAAGGAAGACCCUGCAGAGCUGGACACCAACCUCCCCGACCCCGUGUUUGAGAGCAUCUUAAGUGGCUCCUUCCCUCUCAUGUCGCAUCCUGGCAGAAGAGGUUUCCAAGCUAGACUCAGUUGCCUUCAUGGAGUGCCUUCAAAGAAUACUAAGAAAUCUGCAGGGGCUCCACCUUCAAUGAUGUCUGCUCCUGGCCCUAUCAGUAACAAGAGGAUGGUUCACUUCUCCCCGGACGCCCAUCACCACGACCACUGGUUUAGCCCUGGGGCUAGGACAGAGCACGGCCAGCAUCAGCUUCUGAGAGAUAACCGAGCGGAAAGAGGGCACAAGAAAAGCUGCUCCGUGAAAACAGCCAGCAGGCAAACAAGCAUGCAUUUAGGAUCCUUGUGCACAGGAGACAUCAAAAGGAGAAGAAAAGCUGCUCCAUUGCCUGGACCCGGACCCACUACAGCAGGAAUCGUAGGUGAAAACGCCCAGCCAAUCCUAGAGAGCAACAUCGGGAACCGAAUGCUUCAGAGUAUGGGAUGGACACCCGGGGCAGGCCUCGGGCGAGAUGGCAGAGGGAUCUCGGAGCCAGUUCAAGCCAUUCAGAGGCCGAAAGGGUUAGGACUUGGAUUUCCUCUACCAAAAAGCACUCCCACCAGCCCUGUCCCCGCAUCGGGAAAGCCUGCCUGAGCAGAAAGGCAGAGAAGAGAACCGGUGACUUCUGUUGCCGUGCCCGUUGCUAUAACAUGAACACAGAGCCCACUGGUGUGAAGAUGACCUCAGCACCGCCUCCAGGCAGCUUCCAGGCUGCAGAGUCCCACAGCGAUAGAAAUGGGUUCCAUCACAGCCCACGGUGCUGAAGUACGAGCUGCAGCCUUUAUGUCUCCUCAGUUUCCAUCGGUUCCUAGACACGAGGAACAGUCGGGCUCUUAUUUAUUUUGAUCCUAGAAGUCAGUUCUUUCUGCUGCCCGGCUCAGUGCAGUAGUGCGUGCGUGCGUGCGUGCGGCCUGGAAACAGUUGAGCACACCCACUUGGUUGGAGAGGGUCGCAUUCUCAUGUUGCCUACACUAAGUAGUUCUGCCUCCCUCUCCCCACGUGCAGGAGUCAGUCAUUAGCUCAUCUGAGAAGGCUUGGUAAGCUGGCACUCCUUUGCUUUGGCUCUGAUGACAGUUUGUAACAACGCUUUUUUCAACAAUGUAGCAUAAAUUCACAGUGGAGAGACAGAAAUCAGUGUUUCCCUCUGACAUUUGACAAGAGCUAAGGUCCUCAUUGUCAUCACCAGUGCUGUCAGCAUCACUCCAGUGCAGAGUUUAUACGUUUACCUCAUUUAGGACAUAAAGUCAUUACUAAAAGAAAAUGUAUUUUUAAAUUCAUCCUGGCUGAACUGUAAACCCUGCCCUCUAGAUGUCUACCUCUUCCCAAAGGCUGGGGUUUAAGGAUCAGCUCCAAAGUGGAGAAGAGUGGCUGGUUCAAGGCUUAGUCACUGAAGUAAAUAAAUUAAACUUUUGAGUCAGUUUAUUUGAAGAUUUAAAUAGCUUUGUCCAAAAACCGAGAUGUCAGGCAAUGGCCUAACCCACUUACCAAGAACAGGAGAAACUGCGGGGACCCAUCAUUCUCAGACCAAAACACUUACUUUAAAAUUAAGUGAAACACUAUGUUCCUUCCAUUCCAUUUCUAAGUCAUUCUCUUCAUAAUGUCAGAAAUUUUAAGUUCUUUGUUCAGAAAAAAAUGAUUUAUUAUAAUCUUCAUUAAAAACCCCGGUACUCAUUAUUACCAACCAUGGUCUCCUUUGCUUCAGAAAAUGUUGUGAUAACCCACCCAUACUAGUGUAUCCUUAAAGCAGUAUGAACUUCAAUUUUGUAAAUUAAAAAUUCUUUUUAAAUAUUUAAGGCAGUAGGAAAGGUUCCACAGGUUAACAGCCCUUUCCUAUGUGGUCCUCUAUAAUAAAUGGGGCCUUGGGAGUCCAGCACAUGUCUGCAUUUCUUCUACUCUGGGAAGUGGCCGUGGUAAGGAUUGGGCCACCUAGGACACAGGUGGACAGCUGUGCCUCACGGAACACUUGUGUUGGGGAGAGCAUUGCUGCUGGGACAAGCUCGUCACUAGCAAACUGCCAUUUUAAAUAGCCGUCUUUCGCAGGGGAAGAUGGAAGAGACCAGUCGUGUGCUGGACCCCAGGUCUAUUCCAAACGUGUCUGUCUUUGCAUUUUAUUUCUUGGUGGUCUUGUAAAGCCCUAGGAGAGGACUUUUAAAUAAAGGCUCAAUUUUGAGCCAGCGAGAAACAGUUAGACCCCUGUACACUUAGCUCCAGGCUUCAGAGGAAGUGGCUACUGUGUCCUUACCUUGUCCUAAAGGACACACAGGAGCAGCCCACAUGCCAAGCGGUGGGGCUCCAUAACUGCUCUCUCUGAGCACUUCCCAUCACUGCCCUCCAGACAGUGUGAACCCUUGGCUACGGUUUCUGCCGCAAAGUCCUCAUGAGCUGCUGUGACACCAGAGUUCUACUCUCACACAAGAAGACUCGACUCACAGGUGACUGCGGACACUUCCUAUUCUACCAGUGUUUAUCUGUUCACAGUGGAUGACCAGCACUUACAGGAGAACCACCAGCCCCUAGCCCACCGCCAGCUGCCCACGAGUACCCUUCAACAUUCGAGUCCUUGUAAAGAGCAGCAAGAAGUGAUGCUCGGGUCGACCUGACCACAGCCGAGAAAUAAACACAAGUAAAACAGGAAACUUUGGUGUAAAUCAAUUGUCUGCUGGGGCAUGAAGCCCACUGGUUUACAUUUGAUAGAGAUUCAGUUCAAAUCAGUUCAUGAUUUUAAAUGUAUCAUUCAUAUGACCUUUAAAUAGUCUAGACAUUUCCUCUGCUUCCUCAUGAAUGUACCCUGCCGUUGUGCAAGACAGAAAGACAGGGUCUCUUCCCAUCCAUGCCCUACGGUGGCCAAAGCAUCUGAGCAUGGCUGUCUUAGCAGCGUGACUCCACAUUGUGUAUCUCUGAUGUCGAUCAGAUGCCGGCUGCCACCUCUCUUCCUCUUCUUCCCUAAAUAAAAUGAUUAAGACUGAAUUCCCCUCGGAUUCAUUUCUUUUUGUUUUCAUUUGAUCCAGUGACUUUAAAAGUGCCCAGCUAUGCUAGCACCCAUCAGUAUUCCCAGAAGUUGGGAAAAUGAGGCAGGAUUGCGGGGUGUCCAAGACCAACCUAGACUGUACAGUAGUUCCAGGACAGACAGGGGGGAUAUAGUGAUAGCUUGUCUCGAAAAUAAAUAUCAAUGGAAACCCAUCGCUAAGUGCAGCUUACCCCUAAGCGGGGCACCAUGUUUGAUUGAACACAGUGGCUGUGGACUCCUGGUUACAGUGCUUAUGCACAGGAAGAGUUGAGACGUCAGGGUUAAAUGUGCACAUUUGGCUGUGUGUACACACGGGAGCAUUUACACACUGCAGGAGCAUUUGCAGCUCACGUUUGUUUGCAGUGUACAGACAGGAUUGCGAAGUUCAAAUUAGUAUUCGGCGCACUUCAUUUCCAGCAGAUGUUUCGUAAGCCAGUGAUCGUUGAAGUCCUUUUAAAACCAUUUUAACCUGUAUUUUGUGUUUCAGAAAGAAAUAUUCUACAUUGGUACUGUAAAGUGAGGUUGUUAGCAAGGAGUGCUUUGAUGGGUUUUGUUUUUUUGUAGGAAAUGUAUUGGUUCAGCAAAGACGUGAAAGUGUAGAGCACCUCAAGAGCCGCAUUUCCAAUCCAGCUGUUGGUGUUUCUGUCUUAACCUCUGUUAGUUCUCUUCCUGUCUGUCCCGUUUGGCGGUGGUUGGGAUUGAAUCUAAGGCCUUUUCCAGACAAGCACUGUCCCCUAGGCCAGGCCUCCAUACCUUCUCUCCUACCUUCAGAGUCAUGGAAAUAUUUAAAUAUUCUCUGGGUGUUUUCUUUGGUGGUGGAGUGCAUGGGGCUCUGCGUUUGACCCACUGUAAUGACUUACAGUUAACAUUUAACAUUAGAGUUAAUUGUUGGUAAGCUCUGGGAAUUCCCAGUGUCUCAAAAAAAAUUAAAGAAAAAUUUGGCAAUGUA